UUUUAAUCAAUUUAUUAUUUUGUUUCAGAAUGAAUCAUCAGUGGAAUCGGAAUCUGCUCAGUCCGCUGAUCAACCUGGACAGUUGGGCAAGAUUGAAGACUUCGAUACUAAAAUUCAAACGGAUAGAGGCAAACGAUUCGACUAUCUGCUGAAGCAAACCGAAAUUUUCGCUCAUUUCAUGAACAACCCGACCAAAACUAAUCCAAGUCCUGUCAAGAAAGCCGGAAGACCGCGCAAAGAUAAGGAUCCCAAUGGCUCCAUGAAAUUGGCAGCAGCUGGCUCGUCAGAUCCUGGAGACCAUCGCCAUCGUAAAACCGAGCAGGAGGAAGAUGAAGAGUUGUUGGCUGAAACAAACACAACCAGAAAAACGAUCACACGUUUCGACAAUUCGCCGUUCUACAUAAAAAGCGGAACAAUGAGAGAUUACCAAGUGAGAGGUCUCAACUGGAUGAUCUCACUCUAUGAAAAUGGAAUUAACGGAAUUCUGGCCGAUGAAAUGGGUCUCGGAAAAACGCUGCAAACUAUAUCUCUAUUAGGGUACAUGAAGCACUACAGAAACAUUGAGGGCCCACAUAUGGUAAUAGUGCCGAAAUCCACCUUGGCCAACUGGAUGGGCGAAUUCAAAAAAUGGUGUCCAUCUUUGCGAUCGGUUUGCCUUAUUGGAGACCAAGAAUCACGAGUUGGCAGCUCAUGUAAUCCUCGCUGUGACUGUCCUUUAGACAAUCUUAAACAGUUUGAGUUCUUGAACAUUUUGAAGAUGAUAGAAUGA